CACGCAUUCUUUUUUCCUUUUCAAAUCACGAUUUCUGGCGGCUAACUCUCACUAAGUAAAAUAAAAUCGUUCCCGCUCUCAUUUCUCCCGUUUCUCUCGCUACCGCCUCCCCGCGCGCUCUUAGCGAUUAGCGAGUUACCUCCAAGAUCACGGCCAAAGCAUCUCCUGUCCUGUGUGGACGGAAGUCUAUGAUUUUUGAAGUGUUUGGAAUAACUUUCCGGUCAUCCGAGCUGCAAUGAAAUCUGUUAGACGUCAAACAGGAAAAGAAGUGCAUACUGUUGAAACCACUGCAUCUGAUGGUCUGAGGCCUGCAAUAGAAGAUACUAGAAAUAAAAAAAGAAAGAAACUUUUGGACAGAAAUAGGGACCGAUAUCAGAAAUCAGAAGGGGGAAGUAAAUCUUUUUUUUCCAAAGAAGAUUUCAAGGUUUUACCCUCUGGCACUUCCAUAUUACUAGGAGAGAAACUUGCAGAUGGAAGAAAUUGUUGUUCUGGAACAACUGUAGGAACUUUAACAGAGCUUCAACAUAUUCAACCUUCUGAAAAGAUCAAACUGCAGCUUUUUCCUAUAAAUGAGUGUACUCGUUUGAGAUUGGAAAAAGAUGGGUACAAUCCAUUUUUGGAACUCACUUUAAGUACUAAGAAGAGGAUAUGGUCUGUGAUCAAGCAUAUAAACACAAAAUGGGGAAAUGAAAAUGGUAUGCUUGGGGAGGUUCUUCUUUUCCCUUAUGAUAUUAAUGUGGAAAACAUAGCUUCCUACAGAAGAUGGAGUUCAGAAGAUACUGAAAUUUCCACUGCAGAAGUUUACAUGUCUUUGAAGUGUCCUGCUGUUUUUCGUCUAAGGUAUGGUUGGUUUUCUGAUCAUGAAUUGAAGAGCUUCAACAUGCCUCUUUCAUCUACUUAUUGUGACACGAGAAGGCAAGUUGAUGCAACCAUCCCAGAUAUAGACAUUGAAGUCAAUCAAAUGAAGGAAUCUAAGAUGGAAAACAAGGAUGUCAAAAACGUUUUAACUACUGAUGAAGCUUCACUACUAAAACAGCAGAUACCUUCAGUUGAACAAGUUGAAUCUGUGGGGAAUCAAGUGAAGGUUGAUGAUAUCCUUGCACAGUUGGUACCAUGGGAAGAUAGCUUGACAAACAUAAGCAUCGGGUGCCUACUUACUGAGGUAUCCUUGCUGGGUAAGAUCAUCAAGCAUGACACUAAAUCAGAAAGUCAAAUUCAGCCAUUUCUGGCUACUUUGCAAGGUGAAGCUCAUGGUUGCAGUCUCAAUCCACCACCCACACAAGAAUACAAAAUAUCGAGAACAAAGGGAAAUGACAAUUUCCAGUCACAAUUUUUAUGGGGGGAUGUUACAACUUCCUUGAGCAUUGGAGGGUUACUAUCUGAGGCAUCAAUGCAGGGAAAGAUGUAUAACUUUGCUUCAGGGUUAAGUGGGAACAAUAAAUCAAGCCUGCCGAUUUCUUCAUCAACAACUGCCGACUCUUUUGAUGCUUUUGUUGCUGCUAAGCUGAAUUCACAUGCUCCUGUCUCAAAAUUGUCAUCGAGUGAAUCACGCUCAUCUAUCUUUGAUGCUGAAGAUACCUGCCACGCGUUUCCUGCUAGGAAAGUUUCUCCUUUUGUGAGCGAAAUGUCCAAUUCCAGAGAAUGUCAUGAAGGUUUGAAUUCAAAAACUGAAGCUACAGCUGAGGAUGUUCAGAAAUGUAGGGCAAACUCUUUGCCUCGUUCACUAGAGAUUCUUGGUGAAGACAUCUGCAGCCUUGGGCUAAAAGGGAUCAAAUGGAAUGACUCUCUUGGGCCAUUUGAUCUUGGACAACCCAUGCAGUUGCCCCUCACACUUGGGAACAGCAUUAGCGCAAGUCAGUUUGUGAAGUAGUGGUUGCUAAGUCGAGCUUUUCUUGGAGGUUUACAAAUCAGUGAAAGGAUGACAUUGCAAAAGACCUUACUGUUCUUGUUGAUAUCUGAACCAUAUAAGUUUUUAUUACAUUUUGAAGGUUGCAAAGGAUUGACUUAGGAAAUAGAAUGAACUAUGAAACAUUUAUUAAUUUUUUCGGUUGUCAAUAUAAUCGCAAAUGUGUC